AUGUUGGCUGCCAUCCACACUCCACCGGGCAACGCUGAUGACAAGAUGCAUUGCAGGAAUUAUAUAGGAAAACAGCUUCAUGUUGGCACAGUGUGUAAUAAAGUGAGGAAUCCUGCAGCCGAUAUUGAUCGGAAGGGACACAUUGUUCAUUCAGAUGGAAGACAAUUUAAGACACCCAUAUGUGUUCCACUGGAUGUGAUGGACACAUUUUCAUGCUUCCGUGAUAGUCUUCAGAAAUCAAAAUAUUCAAGCAGAGCACUUAAACACAGCAGAAAACUAGUGAUGUUAUUUCUUGCUUACAGUCAAGACUUAAAUAUACAAGAAAGGUUGAGCGGUAUGCACACCUCCUAUGGAAAAGUUGGUUUCUCUGCAGGAGCAUUACAAGCUCAUCAGUCUGUCCCUCCA